GCAAACUCACUGGCCGCGCACUGAGGGUUGGCACAAUAUCCGGAAGACAGCCAGAUGGGAUGAACGGAACAUCAUUUUUCGAUGUUUCUUGUAAAAAAAAGUAGCGUUGUAAAACUAGAGUAAAUAAUCCAGAGAGCAUAUUACCACCAUUUUUGUUGUUAGUGAUAGAUUAUGUAUGCAAAGAAAAGCUUCAAUGAGGAAACAGCGCAAGAAAUAGUCUGAGUCCCGAGUGGCAGGAGCAACAGCUCUCCUCUGCCGUGUACUGCACCUGAGAAAAGGUGAAAAAAGGUGGUACUCGCCUGGAGCUUGAGCACAGAAGGUCUAUGAAAGGGUGAAUGAUGAGAUUAACAGGGCCCUUGAGAGCUGUGGUUGUGCUGCUGUUAGUGGGGCUCACCUGGCUGCUGGCAAACUCCUUGUUUGGGGGGGACAGUAACUCAUCCGUGAGAUUUUUCUUCACUGGUGCAAGUGAGGAACCAACACCUGUCGAACCCCGUCCUCGAAGGUAUAAAUGUGGACUCACGGCUCCCUGUCCCGCAAAACAUUUGGCUUUCCGCCUGGUGUCUGGUGCUGCCAACGUCAUUGGGCCCAAAAUAUGCCUGGAGGACAAGAUGUUAUUGAGCAGUGUGAAGAACAACGUAGGCCGAGGACUUAACAUAGCUUUGGUCAAUGGGGUGACAGGAGAGCUGCUGGCCACUAAGAUCUUUGAUAUGUGGGCAGGAGAUGUUUCUGAGCUGUUGAAGUUUCUCCGGCCACUUCAUGAGGGAACACUCGUGUUCGUGGCUUCCUUUGAUGAUGCAGCUACAAAGAUGAACGAUGAGUCUCGGCGACUGUUUGAGGACUUGGGGAGCACAGCAGUGAAGGAGCUGGCUUUCAGAGACAGCUGGGUGUUUGUUGGUGCCAAGGGAAUCGAGAAUAAGAGUCCUUUUGAGCAGCGUAUGAAGAACAGCAAGAGCAGCAACAAGUAUGAAGGCUGGCCCGAGUCCCUGGAGAUGGAUGGCUGUAUCCCACUCCGUCCACCCCUGGAAGGAUGAUCCUGCCUGGUACUCUCUGACAUUAACAGCACAGUAACAGCUGGAGUAGCAGCAGUGGAUCCAAAAGACUAUUGGAAAGCCAUGUAACUGCCAAACAAAUGGAAACAUCUGAUAUCUUGGCCACAAGCUACAGUUUGUUUUCCCUCUUGUUGCUGCGGUAUGAGCUAACAAUGAAGACUGUUUUGGGACUCAAUAUUUUUAAAGUUGCUGGAAUUUGUUGUAGGGGAUUUGUGUAUCAAGCUUUGUGAGCCAGCCCUGAGCUUGUAGAAACGGGGGAAAUGUGUGCGUUGGGUUAAGGGAAACUUGAGAAGCCAAAUGUUUGUUGACCAAAGUGUAACUGCGACUCAUGAAUGAAAACAGCUGGAGUAGGUCUUCCAAAGCCAGCAAUGGAAAUGGAUAUAUUUCCUUUGUGCAAGCCUGCCUGUAGGGUGUCAAUAUUCUUGAGCAACAGGAAUAUGAAAUGUUGAAUUCUUGCACAGUUCAUGUUCAGUUGACAAAAAAAGACAUGCUCAACUGGUUACACAUAAAGGUUUUGGAAAGCCUAAUCCAGCUCAGCAUAGGACAAAUGUAUGAGGUACACUUAUUGUUUUAAUAACCUACUAAGCAACAGGUUGUGAGUUGAUUUUAUAUUUAAAUAUGUUAAUAUAUUAUCACCCUGUGAUACAUAUUUCAUGGUUAUGCCUCACGCUUGCUGUCAUUGUUUCCUUAGAACUUGAUGCAUUGCAGUUAUUGCUUGCCAUAUGUUUACAAACCUCAUUAGGUAAUACUCUUCAUGAUCAUUUUCCGUUUUAAUAAAACUAUUUAUUUUAAUACUUUUUUUAGAAAACAUGUUCAUGGUGUGGGUUAUUCUAAACACUGCCAUAAGUUUAAACUUUGUCUCAAGCUUGUAAGCAUCUUUUCACUGAGUGCUUUGUUUAAGGAUUCACUCUAAGUGUGUGGUUUGGUUUUUUUUGUAUGUUAAGUGUUUUGAAUGGGUGUCUUGCCAGACUGACUGGUGGGAAAUGUAUAGAAAUAAAAAUAUAAGUUUUAAUGAUUAACUAAAAGGUAAAAUUUGAACGCCUUGAUUGAAUUAUGUUUACAUCUACGUGUAAACAUUUUCUUUGGAGCGUUGAAGUCUGUCUUUAUAUUGUUGCAACCAUAUCUAUAAAUAAAAAUGUCCAAAUA